AUGCAAAGAGUUCACAAAGUAAGAAUUGUAUUCACAUGCAAAAACGAUAAUCAAGUGGUUAUAUCUAUCUAUCUAUCUCAUUCUCUUCAUUUUCUAUCUAUCUAUCUAUCUAUCUCAUUCUCUUCAUUUUCUAUCUAUCUAUCUAUCUAUCUCUCAUAUCUUCAUUUCUUCAUCUAUUCUAUCUAUCUAUCUCAUUCUCUUCAUUUUCUAUCUAUCUAUCUCAUUCUCUUCAUUAUCUAUCUAUCUAUCUCAUUCUCUUCAUUUCAUUCUAUCUAUCUAUCCAUCUAUCUCAUUCUCUUCAUUUUCUAUCUAUCUAUCUCUCUUCAUUUUAUCUAUCUAUCUCAUUCUCUUCAUUUUCUAUCUAUCUAUCUAUCUAUCUCAUUCUCUUCAUUUUCUAUCUAUCUAUCUAUCUAUCUCAUUCUCUUCAUUUUCUAUCUAUCUAUCUCAUUCUCUUCAUUAUCUAUCUAUCUAUCUCAUUCUCUUCAUUUUCUAUCUAUCUAUCUAUCUAUCUAUCUCAUUCUCUUCAUUUUCUAUCUAUCUAUCUCAUUCUCUUCAUUUUCUAUCUAUCUAUCUCAUUCUCUUCAUUUUCAUCUAUCUAUCUAUCUAUCUCAUUCUCUUCAUUUUCAUCUAUCUAUCUCAUUCUCUUCAUUAUCUAUCUAUCUAUCUCAUUCUCUUCAUUUUCUAUCUAUCUAUCUAUCCAUCCCAUUCUCUUCAUUUUCUAUCCAUCUAUCUCAUUCUCUUCAUUUUCUAUCUAUCUAUCUCAUUCUCUUCAUUUUCUAUCUAUCCAUCUAUCCCAUUCUCUUCAUUUCUAUCUAUCUAUCCAUCCAUCCAUCUCAUUCUCUUCAUCUUCUAUCCAUCCAUCCAUCCAUCCCAUUCUCUUCAUUUUCUAUCUAUCCAUCUCAUUCUCUCAUUAUCCAUCCAUCCAUCCCAUUCUCUUCAUUUUCUAUCCAUCCAUCUAUCUAUCUCAUUCUCUUCAUUUUCUAUCUAUCUAUCUCAUUCUCUUCAUUUUCUAUCUAUCUAUCUCAUUCUCUUCAUUUUCUAUCUAUCUAUCUAUCUCAUUCUCUUCAUUUUCUAUCUAUCUAUCUAUCUAUCUAUCUCAUUCUCUUCAUUUUCUAUCUAUCUAUCUCAUUCUCUUCAUUUUCUAUCUAUCUAUCUAUCUAUCUCAUUCUCUUCAUUUUCUAUCUAUCUAUCUAUCUAUCUAUCUAUCUAUCUAUCUAUAUUCUCUUCAUUUUCUAUCUAUCUAUCUAUCUAUUUCUCUUCAUUUUCUAUCUAUCUAUCUAUCUAUCUAUCUAUCUAUCUAUCUAUCUCAUUCUCUUCAUUUUCUAUCUAUCUAUCUAUCUAUCUAUCUAUCUAUCUAUCUAUCUAUCUAUCUAUCUAUCUCAUUCUCUUCAUUUUCUAUCUAUCUAUCUAUCUAUCUAUCUAUCUAUCUAUCUAUCUAUAGCAUUCUGA